AUGGCGGACGAAGACCAACUCUCAAUCUACGACGAAAUCGAAAUCGAAGACAUGACCUUCGACUCAAAUCUGCAAAUCUACACAUAUCCAUGCCCGUGCGGCGACCGCUUCGAGAUUGCGAUUGACUCCCUGCGCGACGGGGAGGAGAUUGCUGUUUGUCCGAGUUGUAGUUUGAUGAUUAGGGUUAUUUUUGAUGUUAAUGAUUUGGUCAAGGAAGAGCCGAAACAGGAGCCUGUUGCGAGUGAGGUUAAGGUGCAGGCGUGA